GGUACCUGUUGAUUUUGUCCACGGGUGAUAAGAAACUGAAGUGUUGGAAUGCUUCUGCAGGUCUGUAGUUAUAUUAGCUACAAUUUCAACUUGUUUUUUUUCUUCAAGCAAUCCAAGGGCGGGGGGUCGCAACAGAAGUUGAAACCAUUUUGAUCUCACUCUACCGAUUCCACCAACACGUGUUUUUGUUUGUAAUUUCUUAAUAACCGCUGCAACAUGGCCAAGGGUUUUACACGGUUUCUGGAAUGGGUGGUGGUUGUCUACUUUGCCAGCCACAUCCCAAUUACAAUCUUCAUUGACUCGCAAGCCAUUAUGCCAUCAUGGUUCCACCCAAAAGUGCUUACAGAUCUUGUGAGAGAUUACAGUCUCGAAAUGAAGGAUGAAAUGAUGGCAGACCCCUCUGCCCAUCCUUGGUUUAUGUCAUUCGUCUACGGUGAAUGUCUCCUGCAGUUUCCAUUCUUCUUUGUGGGUGCUUACGCCUUUUAUAUAGGUAGUUGCAAGUGGGUGCGAAUUCCAGCUAUUAUAUACUCUGUGCACACUAUCACCACACUACAGGCCAUCUUUGCUCAUGUCUUCUUCCAGGACUUCACCAACUCUCCUCACCCAGGACCAGUUACUUUAGAAGACAAGCUAAAAUUAACAGCUAUUUAUAUGCCUUAUUUGGCCGUGCCUGUACUCAUUCUGUUGAUGAUGUUGUUAAGCAAAGAUUACAUGCCUGGUGAAAAGGUGGCUAAGUCGGGUGCUGCUCGCUCAAAAAAGCAAAAGUCUCGCUAAAGUUGCCUUUAGACCCAUUGCACAACGCUAAGCGCGCAAACACGCGCGUCUCCUGUUUUGGGGGUCAAAAAGU